AUGGAAAAGCUUCUCCUGCCUCUUCUGAUGCUUGGCACCGUGGCGGAAGCUCAGCACUGCCCCGGCCGCUGCAUCUGCCAGAACAUCUCCCCGACGCUGACCAUGCUGUGUGCCAAGACGGGCCUCCUCUUCGUGCCGCCGUCCAUCGACCGGCGCACGGUGGAGCUGCGCCUGACCGACAACUUCAUCACCGUCAUCCGGCGCAAGGACUUUGCCAACAUGACCAACCUGGUGCACCUCACGCUCUCCCGCAACACCAUCAGCCAGAUCCUGCCCUUCGCCUUCGCCGACCUGCGUGCCUUGCGGGCGCUGCACAUGAACAGCAACCGGCUGGCCGUCCUGAGGAACGAGCACUUCCGCGGGCUGAGCAACCUGCGCCACCUCAUCCUGGGGAACAACCAGAUCAGCCACAUCGAGCCCUCCUCCUUCGACGAGUUCCUCUCCACCGUGGAGGACCUGGACCUCUCCUACAACAACCUGGAGACGCUGCCCUGGGAGGCGGUCGGCCAGAUGGUGAGCCUCAACACGCUCACCCUGGACCACAACCUCAUCGACCGCAUCACCGAGGGCACCUUCUCGCAGCUGCAGAAGCUGGUCCGGCUGGACAUGACCUCCAACCGGCUGCAGAAGCUGCCCCCGGACAGCCUCUUCCUGCGGGCCGAGGUGCUGGCCAACGUCCGCGGCAGCCACCCGUCCACGCUGACCAUCAGCUUCGGGGGCAACCCGCUGCACUGCAACUGCGAGCUCCUGUGGCUGCGCAGGCUCACGCGCGAGGACGACCUGGAGACCUGCGCCUCCCCCGAGCACCUGAUGGACAAGUACUUCUGGUCCAUCCCCGAGGAGGAGUUCAUCUGCGAGCCCCCGCUCAUCACGCGCCAGUACUCCAGCAAGGCCUUCGUCAUGGAGGGCCAGGGCGUGAGCCUCAAGUGCAAGGCCGUGGGCGACCCCGAGCCGUCCAUCCACUGGAUCGCCCCGGACGGCAAGCUGAUCCACAACACCACACGAGUGACCGUCUACGAGAACGGCACGCUGGAGGUGCUCAUCACCACGCUGAAGGACAACGGCGUCUUCACCUGCAUCGCCUCCAACGCCGCGGGAGAGGCCACCGCGCCCGUGGAGGUCUGCAUCGUCCCCCUCCCGCUGCUCGUCAACCACACCGGCCACGCGAAAGGGCCCGACCCCGGCUCCUCCGACAUCACCACCUCGGCCAAGUCCGGUGCCAACGACAGCAAGAACCACCUGGACAGAAGGAUCACGGCGGCCGACCUGACCUCCACCUCGGUGGUCAUCCACUGGCCCUCGGAACGGCACAUCCCGGGCAUCCGCAUGUACCAGAUUCAGUACAACAGCUCCCUGGACGACUCCUUGGUGUACAGGAUGAUCCCCUCGGCCAGCAAGACGUUCCUGGUCAACGACUUGGCCGCCGGCCGGGACUACGACCUGUGCGUACUGGCCGUCUACGAUGACGGCGUGACGGCGCUCACGGCCACGCGGGUGGUGGGCUGCGUCCAGUUCACCACGGAGGGGGAGGGCGCCCAGUGCCACUCGCUGCACACCCAGUUCCUGGGCGGCACUAUGAUCAUCAUCAUCGGCGGCAUCAUCGUGGCCUCCGUCCUGGUCUUCAUCAUCAUCCUCAUGAUCCGCUACAAGGUCUAUGGCGGCCAGGAGGAGCACAAGAAAGCCAAAGUCAGCAACGUCUACUCGCAGACCAACGGCGGCCAGGCGCCCCCCGCCCCCCCGCUGCCCCGCUCGGCCUCCAAGGCGCGGGAGGACAAGUUCGAGGCCCUCCAGGAGACGGCGCCCACGGAGCCCACGCGUGGGGCGGACGCCGGGGAGGACACCCCGAACGGCCAGGACACCCCUUUGCCCGGGGUGGGCAAGAAAGGGGCCGGGCCGGCCACCGACUUCCAGACGGUGGCUCUCUUUAAUUCCGAGGAGGGGCCGACGGAAGGCAACCUUGUGGGCUCGUCCGUUUCCCUGUGCCUCCCGCAGGACUCCGGCCUGGGGCCGCCGCUCCGCCCCAAGCUGGGGGGCAGCCGGUCGGGGGCCCUUCCCCGCGAGCUGUCCAGAACUCACCACCACCGCCACUCCUUCGACGGGGAUUACGCCCUGUUCCAGAGCCACAGCUACCCCCGCCGGGCGCGGACAAAAAGGCACUUCUCCACCUUGCAGUUGAACUCGGCGGAGGGCCCGCUGGGCCGCAGGCGGGUCACCUUCAGCAGCACGGAGUGGAUGCUGGAAAGCACCGUCUGA